CCAGCCUGGGCUAUGUGGUGAGUUCAAGACCAGCCUGACCUACAUCAUAAGACCCUGUCUCAAAAAGCCAAAACCAGAAGUAACAAAGACAAACUCCGUUCUGAGGACUCACUGCUUUACAAAGACUAAUAUUUUUCAGCCUUUUACAGUCACUCCAAUAAGGACCAGAUUUUAACUGUGAAAAAUAAAUAUUUAUGAGGAAUAAAAAAUGGAGAUGCUGGGCCGGGGAUUUAGCUCAGUGGUUCCGCUGCCUGCCUCACAAGUACAAGCUCCCUAGAUCGAUCCCCAGUACCCGCCCCCCAAAAAAUGGAGAUGCUAUAAGAUCCUUUCACAGGGUCAACAGACCAACCAGAAAACCAUCCUCAAGUCCAAAAUGGCCAGCACCAGGCUCGACAGAUGGAGACUGGACCCUCAGGAGACAUGAAGGGGCUGCUAUUUGUACCCAUGUGUGUUUCAUGUAUAGCUCAGGUCUGUCCGGGCUUGAAUCUCUGUCUAACCUGUGUUUGUGUUAGCUUUCUGUUGCUGUGAUGAAAUUCCUGAUAUAAACAACUUAAAAGGAGGAAAGGUUGAUUUUGGGAUCAUGGUUUCAGAGGUUUCCAUCUGUGGUAUCUGAAUCCUGCUGCUUUGGGGCUGAGGUGGAAAUAGUAGGGGACACUGAGAAACUCAGUGGUUACCAAAAAAAGCAGGAGAGGCAGAGGGUGGAGUCCAGAUAUCCUCCAUGACCUCACUUCCUUUCCCAGUAGGCUCCACCUUUUAAAGGUCCCACCCCCCCCAAUAGCACUUUUGAGGGACACAUAAGGUCCAAACCAUAACAGCACUAAUAGUACCACAUUUGUUUUAUUGUUAGAUAGUGAAUUCUCGAGGCUCCAGUUCAUCGGGGUUUUUUUGUUUGUUUUUUGAGACAGGUUGUCACUCUGUAGUUUAGACUGAUAUUGAACUCUCUAUAUAGCCCAGACUGGCCUCAAACUUGUGAUGAUCCUCCUGCCUCAGCCUUCCAAGUACUAAGCAUGCACCACCACGUCUAUUUUUGAUGUCCCUUCUAUCCACAGGUAUUUCUCUGUCCCUGCCUGCUGUUGACCAGGCACUUGCUGAGCCUGAGGUCCUAAAUUCAGAAGGGAGCUCUUGGUCUAGGAAGCUUAAAAGAAUAGAAGGUCCCUGGGCUUUGUCCACUUCACUUACUAACCUGUGGCCUUAGCGUUUCUUCAUCUCUCUGUGGGAAUGAAAAGGUUUAAGAUUAGCAAUGUAAAUAUAAAAAAUACCUACCCUAGUGCCAGAGCAUAAUAGGCACUCAAUAAAUGGCAGCUGUUCUAGCAGCAGCAUCCUCUCUGAGGUGUGAGUACCUCUACAAACAGGCCUGUGACAGUGUCCCUCCCUCUGUGCCGGAUUGCCCUGUACAGCAGACCUGUUCCUCCCUCCAUAGGAAUAACACGUUUGAAACCAUUUGACAUCGGCGUAGGGAUGGAGCUCAGCAGUAGGUGCUUACCUAGCAUGUGUGAGGCUCUGGCUUCAAUUCCUGCCACCUCAAAAAAGUAAAUGAAAUAGUUCAGCUUUUUUAUUGGGAAAACAAGGAUUGGACCCAGGGCCCUCCCACUGACCUACAGCCUGAGACAUUUUUUGUAGGAACCAGCUUUUUCUCCAACCAGGGAACCAACAUGAACAAAAGGCACAAAGAUAAUUUUGAAGGGGAGUGCCAGGGGACUCUGCCUCUAGUGGACAAAGAGCCCUGAUCUGACAAUGUUCCUUACUUUUGUUAGACUUGCACAAACCAGAAGCAACCAACCAAGUGAUCCAGGGUCCAGGAAAAGUUCGUCAGGUUCUCAUAAUUUGUAGACUAUACCCGAAUAUGUAUUUUCUUUUAAUCAGACCUCAGCUGCAGCUGUUUCUCCUUGAAACUGGUUGACACUGGCAUGCUAGCAAACAGCCCAAGGUGGGAGCCGGCUUGCUCUCCCCCCGCCCAGCAUCCCAAGGAAAGUUCAACCACUGAGGUAUCUACCAUUGUGGAGCUGAAUGUGGGAGACCAGGUCUUCACCACCACCACAGACGCCCUGAGGAAAGUCCCUGGCUCCAGACUGGCAGAGAUGCUCUCCAGCCCAGCCUCUGCCUGCAAGGAUGCCGAAGGCCACUUCUUCAUCGACCACCCCAGCACCUUUUUCCAUCCCAUCCUGGACUACCUGCACAGUGGGCAGGUGCCCAAGCAGCACCUCCCUGAGGUGUGCCGUGAGGCCCAGAUCUACGCUAUCCAGCCUCUGGUCAAGCUCUUGGAGGACAUGCCUCAGAUAUUUGGCAAGCAGGUGUCCCAGAAGCAGUUUUUGCUGCAAAUGCCAAGCUACAGCAAGAACCUGGAGCUCCUGCUGCGACUGGCCCGGGCAGAGGCUGUGAGGAGGCGUGCAUCGCAGGUGGUGGUGUGUGUGGUGUCCAGCGAGGAGCAGGCCACAUGGUGUGCAGAUCCUAUAUAUUAUCUGGCAUCCAAAAAGAUAUCAGUUGUCAAGUUUGGGCCCUGUAAAUUAGGUUGUGACAGGAAGGACCUUCGGCAGUGCCUAGAGAUAGACAUUAAGGCCUGGGGGUACCAGGUAUCUUAUGAUACCUACAAUGAUGUUUCCUUCAAGCAGCUGUACCCUCAUCUGUACCAACAAUAUUUUUGCUACAAGUUGAGAACCCCUUCUGUGUGUUCACCUUCACGUGGUGGUGACCCACCCAUGGGCUGUUUGUUAUGGGUUCUUGGGGCCCAUGAAAUUAAAAAGUAUCAUCAAAAAAAAAAAUAGUUGGAGUCAAGCUGACCUUGGCUGGAAGUGAACUCAGCAGGGCCCUGCAACUUCAUGGACUAGGACUUAAGUCUCGGUAGCAGCCAUUAGCAGAGGGCUAUAAUCGCCCAACUCUGAUAUCUGCACCAGGAAGUCCCAAAGGCCAGUGGUAGAAGCUAGAAAGCCUGCACUGGAGGAAUAAAGGAUCUGUGCCAUGAGGCUAAGGAAUCUUCACUGAAACCAGGGAGCAAUACUCAAGGCAAAGAUCAGAGCUCUCCUGAUAAGAACAUCGACUGUUCUCAUCCAGCAACAAGGACCCAUGCUCCAACAAUGACAAGAAGGGGUCAUCUAGACAUAAGCCACACUGAGAAGUGCACUAUCUUUUGUCUUCUCACCUCCACUCUGAACAUUGGCACUCAACUCCCACCAAUUGUGUUUGCUUAGUGCUGAAAAUAAGUCCCUUCACAUAGUUGCCAUCUUUUUUUAGUCAGUUUUGUAUUGCUGUAACAAAAUACCUGAGGCUGAGUACCUUAUAAAGGAAAAGAGUUAUUUAGAUCUUGGUUCUGGAGGUUCAAGAUCAUGGCCCCAGCAUCACCUUGGCCCUGGUGAGGACCUCAUGGUGAAUGGCAUCACAGCAGCUAGAGCAAGAGCAGAAGAGGGAUUCAGAGAUGUGAGGUUUGCUCAUAACAACUCACUCUCACGGGAACUAAUCCAGUCCCAAGAGAGGCAUGAGGUAGAGCCCCAUGAAAUCUUGCCCUAGGUCUCACCUCUUCAAGGUUCCACCUGCUCAACCCCACACCUGGGGUACCAAGCUUCCAGCACAUAAACCACUAGGCUGGUUUAUGCUAACUACAUCCCAAUCAUAGCACCAUCCUCCUAACAACACAGUUGAUCAGGGGACCAACUCUUCAAUGAUGAGUUGCCCAUACCUCUGGCAUGAUGAGUGGUGAAGGGACACCACCAUCACUUUUCAAGUGAUAUGAGAGCUGUUCAGAUUUCCAUUCCCCACAAUAUGGCGGACCAGGUAACUUCCCUGACCCUAAGAUGAAAUCAACUAAAAUGCUCAGAGUGAUGUUGUAAAACAACUUCUAAAAUAUUUCCUAGGAGGGAGCUAAAAAUAUUCAGAAGCCCCAAAACUAGAGAAGUUAGUCAAGUGCCACCUUUCACUUUGAAAGUAUCUGAUUAAACUCUGUGAGAUUUUACCUCUUCACAGGAUAGAGGCAAUAGAAGACAAAGACAGGGAUCUCCCAAGAUGAAGGCUCAAUGGAGACCCCAAAGAGCUGCCCCCAUGUAUAAGGGAGAACUUGGAAGCCCCCUUCACACCCUCUCUUGGUGAUUUUUAAAGCAACAGAACUUAUUCUCACAGUUUUGGACUCCAAAACCCAAAAUUCAGAAUCAAGGGGCUGAAAUCACUGUGUUUAAGGGUGUCUGGAGGCUCUGAGGAUCCUCCUUUGUUUGCCUCUUCCAGAUUCCAGUAUUCCUUGGCUGUUGCCAAAUCAAUCCUACCUGACCCCCCAAAUCCUGACCACUUUCUCCUCUUUUAUCUAUAAUGUCCCUCUGCUUCUCUAAGGAUACUUGUGGUUUCAUUUAAAGCUUAGCUGGAUAAAAAUGCAGGAGAAUCCUCCUCUAAAGAUCACUCAUUUCAUCAAGUUUAUAAAGCUUUUUUACAAGUCAGGUCACAUUCCCAGGUGUGGUACUAGGAUGUCCAAUUUACCUACUCAUACUGCUUUCUUCAGGGCAUUGCUCAGGCUACUUCACAGCCCUUAUCAGGAACUAAAAGGAAAUCAUUUUGGUUUGGGUUUCUGAGCGAAGGGGCAAAUCCAUCUUUCUUAAGAAGUUACAACCUCAAUCUGGUCCCCAGGCAGAUUUGUAGCUGUUAAUGGCUUAUAUCUAGAAGUCUCCCCAAAGCCUCAUGUGGUCACACAUGUGGUCAGAGGUGGCUGGAUCUAGGAUGUGUGAAUGUGGAUUAAGGUUGUGAUACUGGGAUUAAGGAUGUGUAAUACUGGGUUAGUCCAUUAAUUGGUUUAUCAUAGCUCUGGGUAGCCCCACCUUGGGAGAGAAAGGAAUACUGGCGGCUGCUGCUGCUGCUGCUGUUGCUGCUGCUGCUGCUGCUGCUGCUGCUGCUGCUGCUGCUGCUGCUGCAGCCUCCUACCUGCCAUGCUAUGGGCUAUUUCUCCUCUGCUAUGCUGUCCUGCCUUGAAGCCAUCUAACUAUGGGCUGAAACCCCUGCAAACUGUGAGCUAAAAUAAACCCUUCUUUCUUUAACUUUGGGUGUUGGGUAUUUUGUAACAGCAGUAAAAAGAUAACUAAGACAAGCCUCAAACAACCAUAUCUGGAUAGUGAAACAAAACCUCUGGGUUAACUGCUAGAGAUCACAAAAUCCAAAAGGAAUGUGUCAUGAGAAAGAGCCAGCACAAACAAGAAGCAGCUUCCAAGUCAGACCACAAAUACUCCAGAUGCUGACCUCAAUUCUCAGAAAAUGGACAAUGAGUGUGUUUAGUACAUUUAAGUAUAAAAAGCCAUUGAUAGUGUAGGGAGAAGCACAAGAGACUGAAUCUCCCGGCUUUGCCAGGCUAAAAAUAAACUCCAAAUCCCAGGGGCUUUUAAAAACAAAGCCUGGUCUCUAGCUCAUGUUACAUGAGGGGACAACUAAGGGUCUUCUCUAAUCUCAGUGACUUCUUCAUUCCAGGAACUAGGCUGAAGAAUGUACCAAAGGGCUUUCAAAAGGAAUAUCAGUCCCUACAAAGGCAGUUAGAGCUUCUGCUUGGGGAGUAUGUCACAUCAUUCCCUUGCCUGAAGACACAGUCAAGACCCAAUUGAACAGAACAAGGAAGUUACUCCUCCCAACGGGAGAACCACAGUCACAUGGCAUUUGUUUAUAACGAAGGGGAAGACUAACUGGGAGCGAUAAUUACCAUCUAAUACUGUCUUACUCUCCUUGGCCCUGGGACACAAUACCCUAUAUCCACAACUUAAAGAAAGAGAGGUUUAUUUUGGCUCAUGGUUUAUAGUCUGUGGUCAGCUGGCUCCAAAACAGGACAGCAUGGCAGCAAGGCAUGGUGAAGAAGAGCUGCUCAAGGCAUGGUGGACAGGAGGCAGGGAGCAAAGGGAGGAGCUGGGAAGGCCAUGCCCCCAGUGAUCCGCCUCUUCCAACCACCCCGCCUCCUAACAGUGAGUCUGCUGCCCAUGCAUAAUCCUAACCCCUCCAAAAGCACCAUCUAUGAGCACAUAAGGCUUUAGGAGGACAUUCAAAAGCAAACCAUAGUGAAUACAGACUAACAAGUAGUUUAAAGAGAUUGUGGGGCAUGAGAAAACGAAAACCUCUAGAAAUAAAAAAUUAAAGUUUUAUAAGUCAGAGACAGACUUAAUGAUAGAUUGGGUAUGGCUGAAGAGAGAAUAAGCAGACUGAUCAGAAAGUGGAGCAUUUUAGAGUUCUCCAGAGAAAUGGAAUGAAUAAGAUGUGUGUAAAGAUAGAGUUAUACUAAGGAAUUGGCUCGUGUGGUUGUGAGGCUGACAAGUUUGAAAUCUGCAGGGAAGAUCAAUAGGCUGGAGACUAGGAAAAGUCAUAUUUCAGCUUGAGUCCAAAAGUAAAAUUUUACUCAAAGGUUUGAGUCUGAAAGCAAAAUCAGCUCUUCCUCAAAGAAUCUUAUGGGUUUUUUUUUUCUUUUAAGGCCUUCAACUGAUUAUACAUAGCCCACCUAAAUUAAGGACAGUAAUCCAAUUUAUUCAAAGUAUACUUGUUUAAUGUUAAUCUCACCUAAAAAGGACCUUCCCAGUAAUAUCAGUACUAGUGUUUGACCAAAUAUCAGUACCAUGGACCACCCAUGUCAGCACAUAAAGUUAAUCAUUAUAGGAAGGCUACAUCUGCCUCUGAUUUUUUGAAAUUUGUUUUCAACUUUUGCUAUAUCUGUAUAGAAAUACAAUUGAUGUUUAAAAUUGUACCCUAACACCUUGUUAAACUUAGUAGCUCUUUUGCAGUAUCUUUAUAAUUUUCUGUAUAUAGGAUUACCUUGAAAAAUGACCAUUUUACUUUUUUUAAAAAGUAAUUUUUCCAGAGCACAGCACAGAGAAACAAAAAAAUUAAACAUAAAGGCAGUCAAGAUACAAGAUAUAGGAAGGAUGGACUGAGAAGAUAAAUCACAAGCCUAAUCAGAGUCCCAGAGAGGUAAAGAGAAUGUGACAAAAGCAGUAUUUGAAUAUUUGAAAAGAUCAUGACUGAUUUAAAAAUUUAGGGAUCCCAAAUCCCAGUUUGUCCAUAUGUCAGGCUGGACAGAUAAGGAGCAAUCCCCUCAGAGGAAGAUCACAGGACACCAAAAACCAAGGAGGGAGAUGACCUUCAGAGAGAAACAAACUGGGAGCUGACAUCUCAGCUGCUACAGAAAUCUGCAAGGAUGGAGUAUGCAUCAAAGACUUUGUCAGUUUAGAGCUGUUCACUCUGCAACAAGUAUCUUUCAGGAAAAAACUACAAAAAGUAUCUUUCAGGAAAAGCUCUAAAGAAUCGGGGAAACAAAAGCUGAGAGUUUGACAUCAGAAGCCCUGCAUCAGAUAAAGAUCUAAAGGGUUAUUUCCGGGAGAAGGAAAUGGAUUCCGGGUGCAAAUCGUACUUUUAAGAAAAAGAGAAAAAUAGGAAAAACAUUGAUAAACAUGUUGGUUUAUUUUAACAAACAUUGAUUGUACAAGACAAUAAUAAUUUAAAUGAGAGAUCUAUUUAUAGCAUGAUGACUCUACUUAAAUAACAGUGUAUUGUAUUCCUGUAAGUAACUAAGAAAGUAGAUUUUAAGUAUUCUUGACAUGAAAAAUGUUAGGUCUGUGAGGCAUCGCACAUGUCCAUUAGCUUGGCUUAGCCAAUGUAGACAUGUUUUAAAACAUCGUGUUAUACCCCAAAAAAUAUGCACAGUGUGAAUUUUUUAAAAAUGAAACAAGAAUGAGAUUUACAAACAACUAAAAUGCAAGGAGAGGAAAAACUGAAGUUAAAGUAUGUUACAGCUCUUGAUGUGAUUGGAGGAUUUAGCUCAGUGGUUCCACUGCCUGCCUUGAAAACGCAAGGUCCUGGGUUUGA